AUGGUCAACUCCGGAUCCACAUACAUCUUCGUCAACGAGAAGGCUGGCACAGUCGCCGACCUCAGCGGUGGCGACAACAAGUCCAUCAUUGGAUACGAGAACCACAAUGGAGACAACCAGAAGUGGCACGCAGAACAGCAAGGGGAGAACUUCACCUUCAAGAACGUAGCUACUGGGCAAUACCUCGGAAUCGAAGGGGAACCCGGUGAAAAUACCCCUGUUGUGGUUGUCGACCACCCCUUCGAAUGGCACGUCACCCAGGACGACGAGAGCUGGAGGCUCUGGGUCCCUGGCACUAAAUACAACAUGGAUCUCUCUGAUCACGGCAACCCAACUCCUGGUACUCCGGUGACGCUCUGGGGCAAGUGGGCCGCUGGACGUAACCAGUGCUGGCGCCUCCAAGAUGGUGAAUGCAUUCCCCCACAGAUGACAGACGAUGGGCUAACCGUCUAG